GUAAAUUUCCUGCAUUAACAGUGCAAACAACGGGUGGAACUCUUCGGGAUCUCAGCAGAAAUCACUAAACGGGAAUUAAAAGCUAAAACAGAAGAUCUGCAUAAUGGACUUCUCCAACACAUACCGAAAUUACGGAGAGGUCGUCGACUUCCCAGAGGACUUCCUCAGUGACUACGUUCCAACUGUGAAAAGCGAGCCAGAGCCAGCUGCAAUUGCACCGUCCGUUUGCGAGCCUCCAAUUUCAACGACACGAAACUAUGGAACGGACUUUGGCAGAGCUUCUUCGAUGUGCGGAUCGUCUUCUUCUUCGUCCUCUUCGUCGUACUCAUCGGGAUCGUCGCCGAACUAUUUGACCGAAAACGGAGGAGAUACAGAAGAGCCGAGGUUCGAGGAAUUGGUGUCUAGGAAAAUGAGUUUCGACAGUGAAAAUGUUGCUCAGGUGAGCAACCAAAUGGAUUAUGCAAGAGAUACUUAUGCAGAUUCACGUAUUCCAUUUGCUUCAAUUGACUCCAACGAUGCUCUGCUUCCAUAUCCAGUGAACAAUUAUGUGGCUGCACUACCAGUUCCAGUUCCAGCAAAGAAAUCCAGAGGCAGAACUGCACCAAGAACUCCGAAGUCUCUAGAAACUUCGAAACCAGGCCGCGGGGUCAAGCGCCCGGCUUCCAAAGAAAUUGAUGCUAAAGACCUUGGAAUCGGAGAUCUCUCGGCUCACAUGAACAGGCAGAUUGGCGAUGAUGAAGAGCUCGACACUCAACUCAUCGCUCAUCGUAUUCUGGACGAGCUCAAAGAGCAAUGCAUCCCACAAGCUUCACUUGCCGUUAAAGUUCUAGGCAGAAGCCAAGGAACACUGUCGGAUCUGCUCCGCAAGCCGAAACCAUGGGGCAUUAUGAAGAAUGGUCGAGGAACGUUCCAGCGUAUGGCCAACUGGCUUGACUUGGAUCCGGUAGUUCGUCGUGCAUUGUGCUUUAUGAAAAAGGAAGAUGUUGCGAGGAUCACUGGGAUGGCUGAGCCAACUCCAGCAAAAAGAGCACGCCAAACAACGCCUAGCGACGAACGAAUCCGACGCUUCACAUUCACGCAAACCCAGCUCGACUCGUUGCAUACAGUCUUCCAACAACAAGAUCGUCCGAAUCGCGAAAUGCAACAGGCUCUGAGUGCGACAUUGAAGCUCAACCGUUCCACCGUCGGCAAUUUCUUUAUGAACGCCCGCCGUCGUCUUCCAAAAGCUGCACCGGUCAGUCAAAACCUUGUCGCCGAACACGCCAUUGAUCACAAUCAACCGGGACCCAGCCACCAUUAUUAAAAGCGCUAGCAAUAGAUGUAGUCUGCCAAACCAUCACUCAAUACGGUGUACGCUAUUUUAUGGGUGAUUUUUAGUUUUUGCGUGUCAUUUUUCAAGCUCACAGUCUCACAGGUCCCCCAUUCACCGCUUAAAUUUGUUCGUGUUUUAGCAUGAACGUGUGUUUGAAUUGUGUACAAUGUACAGUAAUUUCCUAAUUUCAAUAAUUUUAUAAGUUUAAUAUUAACAAAAAAUCCAAAAACCUCCAAAAAAAUUGAAAAAUUCCAAAAAUCCCAAAAAAAAAAUUGACUACUAUCGUUCUGUUUAAUAUAAAAUCCUUGAUUGUUUUAAUUGUUAAUUGUAUUAAUUCCCCAUCCAAUUCCCAUACCUCUUCAUUGCCUUAUCAAUUUUGUGACCGAUCCCAAUCCAGCCAUAACAUUUCAGCCAUAACACAUUUUUCAGAUGCUCAGUUCAAAAUAUUUCACAUUGUCACUUUCUCUUUAGCGUUGAUUGUUAUGAUUAUUGGUGUUUUCUUAUAUAAAAAUCACCCCGCUG